GAGGUAACAGAGCUCGGAAGAUUUACUGCGAAGCACUAUAUUUUGUCAAUGACGACACAUGCACCUAUAGCCAGCCGCUGAACUGUGAUAAACAUUUAUGUUAUCGGAACACUGUGCAGAGCAACAAAACUACAGCACAUUUUUUGGAAAUUUUAUUCUCGAUUUUGACGUGAAUGUUGCGACGACAGUCUUUUACAGUUUUAAAAUGAGUGUAGGACCAGUAUUCAACCCACCCGUCAACACCACUUUCGUAAGAAUAAAAGGGUGAAGUGUUGGAUCGUUUCGAAACGGACUGAAGUAGAUGGUUUUGCGAUCUUGCCUGUUUGACAAACAGAGAUUGGGACGACCUCGGAACGGAAAAUGGAUGGCGGGGUGCCGGAUAUACGGAAUGUAUAACGGUGGAGGCACGGACAGCCUGGACUGAGGGAUAUUUUGUCAGAGAAGGUGUUGAAACCACACAAAAAAAAACUCUUCCCCCUUUUGUGUAAAGUGGAUGUUUCACACUCUCCGGGACUCCAGGGAGACAACUGAACAGGGACACUUAGAGGGGGUUGAUCAUUUGUUAACAUGCAAUGUAAGGCCGCCAUAGAAUUUUGCCCAUCAGCAACAAGGGACGGAGCAAUGUUGGGAGUUACUGUUUCCCGGGACACUGCCUGAGGCAAAAGAUGUUUAACUGCGGCACGAUCAUGGAGGUGAAGGUAAACCUAACUCGGGAGAAAGGACGUUGAUCAAAGCUCAGACCAGGUGCAGAUGGAUUGAAGGUAGGCCCUAUCUUUGGUUGGAAGACGAGAUUUCUCCAUGACUGCCCUGUGGUCGGUGGGUCCCCUGUGAUUAGCGGGAACAGGUCUGAGUGUGACACAGGAGGAGGGGUAGACACUGUACACGAGGGCUCUUUCGGUGUUUGUGUGCGUGUGUGUUGGGAAUGAGGCAGAACACUACCACCAUGGACGGCAGCUCGCUGGCUGCUGAGCAGGACUCCUCGUUCCGAGUGCUCACGGGCUGUUUCCUCUCGCUGCUGAUCCUCUCCACGCUGCUGGGCAACACCCUGGUCUGCGUGGCGGUCAUCCGCUUUCGCCACCUGCGGACGAAGGUCACCAACUUGUUUGUGAUCUCGUUGGCCGUCUCCGACCUCUUGGUGGCGGUGCUGGUGAUGCCCUGGAAGGCGGUGAGCGAGAUCGCGGGUUUCUGGCCCUUCGGCCCCUUCUGCAACGUCUGGGUGGCCUUCGACAUCAUGUGCUCCACCGCCUCGAUCCUCAACCUGUGCGUGAUCAGCGUGGACAGAUACUGGGCCAUCUCCAGCCCCUUCCGCUACGAGCGGAAAAUGACGCCCAAAGUGGCUUUCGUGAUGAUUAGCGCGGCGUGGAGCCUCUCUCUGCUGAUCUCCUUCAUCCCCGUUCAGCUGGACUGGCAUAAGGCGAGGGUCCCCAGUGGGCUACUUGGCAAUGCCACCUCCCAGCGCCCAGGAGACAACUGCGACUCCAGCCUCAACAGGACCUACGCCAUCUCCUCAUCCCUCAUCAGCUUCUACAUCCCCGUGGCCAUUAUGAUUGUCACCUACACCCGCAUCUACCGAAUCGCCCAGAAACAGAUCCGGCGAAUCUCGGCCCUGGAGAGAGCCGCCGUGCACGCCAAGAACUGCCAGAGUAACCGGAGCAGCGCCAGCACUGCGGACAUACAGCCCGAGAGCUCCUUCAAGUUGUCCUUCAAGCGAGAGACCAAAGUGCUCAAGACCCUGUCGGUGAUCAUGGGCGUCUUCGUGUGCUGCUGGCUGCCCUUCUUCAUCCUCAACUGCUUGGUGCCGUUCUGUGAGAGCCACGCCAGUCCGCCUCCCCUGCCCUGUGUCAGCGGCAGCACCUUCGAUGUCUUUGUCUGGUUCGGCUGGGCCAACUCCUCCCUCAACCCCAUCAUCUACGCCUUCAACGCGGAUUUCCGCAAGGCCUUCUCCACCCUGCUGGGCUGCGGCGCCCUGUGCGCCAGCAACGCCGUGGAGACGGUCACCAUCCACAACGGGGUCUCCUCCUACCAUCCUGGGCCAACCCUGGAGAAAGCGGAGAACAGCGUCUACCUGAUCCCCCAUUCGGUGCCCUGCCCUCCAGACACUCCGACAGACCGCAACUGCUGCGCAAAGCUCUCGCCCAUCUCCCAGCACGGGGCGGUCAGCCUUCUGUCGAGCAAUGGGGACUAUGAGACAGACGUGUCCUUGGAAAAGAUCAUUCCCAUUACCCAAAACGGCCAACACAAUACCUGACCAUGCCGAAAUAAAAGCUGCUUUUCAACGUAGUAGAGCCAGUUGGUGUCAAACCUCUUAAAUUCGGUUUGUCCAUCACUAACAACACACUGCUUACUGUAGUUACUUGUACUUCAAGUUACAUAUUACAGAGUCCUUCAUUUACCCCUAUUUAAUAUUGGAGAUUUAAUGAAAUUAAGCGAGAAAUCUGGUUAGAUGGCAUUCAUUGCUAUAUUCAGUAUUGAAGCCCAUUCAGUACAAAGCCUACAAAACAUCAGUCCUAUUUUGUAAUAUUACCUAUGACUGUAUUGGAGGAGAAGCCCACUUCAUGCACAGUCGAAAUCGGUGAAUGUGGCCAAGUAGUCAAUGUGGAGUAUUGUUGCAGCCGUUGAGAUGAUUUGCAAAACAUUCGUUAGAACCUAAACUAGAAGAUGGAGUUUUAAUAAGUUUUUGUUACCUGUUAAUUUCCAUUUGCACCCAAAUCGUAAUUGUAAGAUUGAUGACAAACGUUGAGAAAGUCCUUUCUUCAACUCAAUACUGAACACCCCCAAUCUAAGCAACCAGUCAGAAUUGGGAUCUGUUAUGGUCUACCUUUGUUGGCACCUCCUUUAAGUUUCAGUGACUAUGUGACAUUUCCUGCUGCAGAAAAUACAUACAAUUGCUCUAUAGUCAAGAUGGGAUUCCUUGGCUAUGAUAUGGGAAGGCUUAUUGAUUUCCAAAGUUUGAAAACUGUAUUCAAAAUAGAACUAUUUAUUAACUGAUAGAACAUCAUAACCCGUAAUGCUAUAUACUAAAUGUGGGGCUGUGACUAGUAUUUAGAUUUCUACCCCCCCAAAAAAACUCAAUUAAUUCCAACAUGCUGAGAUGUGGGUGAGUUGUAUUGUCAGGCAGUAAAGAGUUUGUCCCUUGUUUGUUGAGAAGUAAACUAACUUCACAUA